AAGAAGAAGGAGGAGGAGAAGAAGAAGAAGAUGAAGUGAGAUUAGACUCAGCAGUGAGCGAUCAAAUCAUCAUCAUCAUCAUCAUCAACACCAACAACAGCAGAUCAAACCCGCGCUCGUGUCUCCAUCUGUCUCUGCUUCAUUUCAUCUCAAGCUGAACCACCAUCCUUCCAUCACCCUUCCACCACUAACCACUCUUCUCGGACACUGACGUCAUGCGCAAGCGGAACGCAGAGUAGAAAGGCUAAGUGGGUAAGGGAAGUCGGGCUCUCCUCCCACCCGCCUUCUCUCUCUCUCUCUCUCUCUCUCUCUCUCUCUCUCUCUCUCUCUCUCUCUCUCUCUCUCUCACUCUCACUCUCCCUCCUCCGAUACUUCUCAUACAUAUUACCAAAGCCUUUAAUCUGACGGCACACAUCACAAAGUCAGCGAGGCUUCAGGCUGCCGGGCAUUUCUUAGCUUGUAAGUGACUGUGUGUAUAUAAGUGUGUAUAUGUGGGGUUGUUUUUCUUUCUACUUGGCUUCUGGUUCCUGUGUGAGGGUUGUGAAGGUGCCUGGGCGCACAUCCACCGGUACACGCAGCAGUUUUCCGCUGGAAAACCUGCCUCGGAUCUUAAGGAGAUUAGACAAACAACACAAACUCAUCAGAAGUCCGGAUUCUGGUUUUCCUGAAGAGCGGAAAAAAGGGGUUUGAAAAGAGAAGACUGGUUAAAAAUCAAAAAUAAAAGCAAAGACUUAAGCGACCUGCCUGCUGAAUAAUCCAGCACAAUCCAAUUGAGUAUAUACUUUUUUAAAGGUAAAAUAAAAAAUAUAUAUUUUUCUUUUAAUUCAUUGAAAUCUCAGCGGUUGAAAGAGUUUCCUGAUAUCAGGGAAAGAAAAACAGAAGGCCAGGAUGAGCAAAGCUGCCAGUUCAACAAGUGGCUGUUUGGAUAUUUUAAAUGUCAAAUCCAGUCGGAUUCUGGAUAUCCCGUGUAAAGUGUGUGGAGACCGAAGUUCAGGGAAACACUACGGAGUUUACGCAUGUGAUGGAUGCUCCGGAUUCUUUAAAAGGAGCAUAAGGAGAAACAGAACAUACGUCUGCAAAUCCGGCACUCAGGGAGGCUGCCCGGUGGAUAAGACGCACAGGAACCAGUGUCGCGCGUGCCGCUUAAAGAGAUGCCUGGAAGUGAACAUGAAUAAAGACGCCGUGCAGCAUGAGAGAGGCCCGAGGACGUCGACCAUCCGCAAGCAAGUGGCGCUUUACUUUCGGGGCCACAAGGAAGUGAACGGAUCUUCGUCACACUUUCCCAGCACGUCCAUCCCGGGGCUGCACUUCUUUACCACAGUCACUCAACUCGAGACUCAUAGUCUGGAAUUAAACACGCUACCGAGCACACCAGAGCGCCAGGGCAUGGUGGGGCUCGCACAGCCCACUCCUAAAUAUCCACAUGAAGUCAAUGGCACGCCCAUGUAUCUGUACGAAGUGGCCACGGAGUCUGUGUGCGAAUCAGCCGCACGCCUCCUGUUCAUGAGCAUCAAAUGGGCCAAGAGCGUUCCCGCAUUCUCCACACUCCCUUUACAAGAUCAGUUGAUCCUGUUAGAAGAUGCCUGGAGAGAGCUGUUUGUUCUGGGUGUAGCACAGUGGUCCAUUCCAGUGGACUCAAACACUCUGCUUGCUGUUUCAGGGAUGACCACAGAGAACACGGAGUCCCAGAGGUUAAACAAGGUGGUCUCAGAGAUCCAGGCUCUGCAGGAAGUGGUGACGCGUUUCCGGCAGCUGCGACUUGAUGCGACGGAAUUCGCAUGCCUCAAGUGCAUCGUUACCUUUAAAGCUGUUCCGACACACAGCGGUGCUGAACUAAGGAGUUUUCGAAAUGCCAGCGGAAUCGCGGCGCUCCAGGACGAAGCACAGCUCACUCUCAACAGCUACAUCCACACAAGGUACCCGACUCAGCCAUGCCGCUUCGGGAAGCUGCUGCUGCUUUUGCCCACGCUGCGUUCAGUCAGUGCGUCGACAAUCGAAGAAGUGUUCUUCAGGAAGACGAUCGGAAACGUGCCCAUCACACGGCUUCUCUCUGACAUGUACAAAUCAAGCGACAUUUAAGCUCUUUCUCUUCCAACUAAGAGGACUCUGCGAAAGUAACAGAAUGUAGAAGAACAGAAACAACGUACUGUACGAAAAGGAGCGGCUUUAAGGAAAACAUCUCUACGCGACAUCUACAGCAGACAGCGUAAAAAAAAAAAAGAAAGAAAAAAAAAAGGAGGAAACGCUGGAGAGACUGGUGGCUGAACUGAAGUUCUGUUCAGUGUUGAGGAAAAAAUGUUACACUGUGGACUAAAGGAUACUUUGUGACUAAUUUUCAAUCUAAUCUUUUCAAAUCUACUUAUUGAGAUAACCUUCUUGAUUUAUUUGCCCCAAAAAUGUACACAGUUUUGUUUUUUUGUUUUUUAAAUUAUGUGGUGGACUCAGAGAUCUGUACAAUCACAAUAAUGAGUUCUCAUCGUUACAGUCUCUAGAAGACCAAUGAGCUUUUCUACCAAUGCUUUUGUUUGUUUGUUUGUUUAUUUGGUUUCAUUUCUGUCGUUGUGACCGAGAACUAUGGCAGAAACCAAAAGAGAUUUUAAGAGAGAGAGAGAGAGAGAGAGAGAGAGAGAGAGAAUCCAAAUGGCUUGGCAGACUUCUUGAUGGAGUCGUUUCAGAUGCACCUGGAGACAUUAGCCAGGUGAUGAGGUGAUGAUGAUUAGGAGAACAUCUCAGUUCCUUUCCUGGAAAACCAAAGGCUCGUGCAUCUAAUCUGAUUGAAAUACAAAUGGGUGAAAGCACUACGUCUCUUUUCUGGUCCAAACCGAACGUCGCUAAAGCUCGUACUGAAGUCGUCAGGAGUGGGGAAAAAAACAUGAGAAACACAUUUGUUACAAAAAAUUGUACUUUGUCCUGAAUCACAAUCACAGUUAUGAGAAUUUGACUUUCUUCUAGUGAUUAACAUGACUUAGGUGCUCAUUUUUUUUCUUUUAACUAAAUACUGAUCCCUGAUCUCCUCAGCCCUGUGAUCGGAUUAGAUCGGACCCCAGAAAAAUAAAGGAAAUGAUAAAAGCUCUCAUUUCACUCAUCCCUAUUAUUUAGCGCACAUUUCUCUUGCUUGUCCCUGCUCUGGCGAAACUGGAUGAUGUGAGAUGAACGGUGAAGCUACAUCCUGAAUCGGAUACGCCGCAGGUUUGGAUGGAGCUAACGAUGGCUGUGGCGUGAUGUCAAUCUUCCAAGCCAUUUAAAAAAAAAAUAAAACUCACAUUUUCUGUUUUUUUUUUUUUUAAUGUUGAGUAGUUACUAACACACAUCCAGAAACAUGUUCAGCACUUGUAUUUUUUUGUAGUUUGUAAAUAUAUUCCUUGUUGUAAAAAGUAAUAAUUUUGUGAAAAGUUGUCUAAAUAUUAGAAUAAAUAUUGAAUAUUAAUCUGUUGCCUUGCAGCUUUUGUUAAAUAUUUAACCCUGAUUAUUGAAUCCUGUAAUUUGUUUAUUUUAUGAUCGGGUUGAGUUCGGUAUACUCGAUCUUGUGCGGUGAAAGAUCCACAUCUCCCCCCACCUCGAAGCUCACGCUAAACAAGGACGUAGAGAGGUUCAUGUCUGGCCUGGAGUGCAUAUUGAACCAUCAGAGCUACAAUACACCCAGACCUUGAGUUAAGUUGCUGUUCCUCGGGCUUCAAGCACUCUUUGAUAAAUCAAGG